CCAAAGAGCCGAGAAACCCUAAAGCAGCAGUCUUCCUUAUACACUGUGAGAAUAAACCGAUGACCACUUCCGUUUUUGCCCGUCAAAGUCGGUUUGGCCCCGUUUCUUACACCUGCCGUCUUGCUGUUGGCUUUGUUGUCGAUUGCGUUGUGUGCACAUGUGGCGGUGGUGGCGGGGUCUGGAUGUCGUCGCGAAAGAGGGAGGGAGUUGCGAAUGCACCACGAAUUGUUGACAGCGCUUCGGUAGAUCCACGCUAACUGAUCGUCUCUCCAUAGGCUAUUGACGGAGUCGGGCUUCCUUUAAAAGGUGCCCACGUCGAGGCGUUGGCGAUUGGCAUGAUUACGAUGUCCGCGGACCGGGU